ACGAUUUCCGGAUUUUUUGCGGUGACCUCGGGAACGAGGUGAACGACGAGACGUUGGGAAGAGCCUUCGGACGUUUCCCGUCGUUCCUCAAGGCCAAAGUCAUCCGGGACAAACGAUCCGGAAAAACCAAAGGCUACGGAUUCGUUUCCUUCAAAGAUCCCAACGACUACGUGCGAGCCAUGAGGGAGAUGAACG